AUGGCCGCAGAUUUGGGCCCCGACUGGACCAGGAAAUCCCAAUUCAGGGAAAUGGAGGGAAUCGUGUCCGAAGCUACAGUCAACGGUUUCCGUAUGUACUAUGAAACUCACGGCUCAGGAACCGCCUUGGCAAUGAUCCAUGGCGGCCUCGGCGGUGGCGAGGGCUGUGCCCAGAUGAUGGAACACCACGCCGCCACCCUGUCUGAUCGGUUCCAGGUCAUAUCCUACGACCGGCGCGCGGCCGGGCGUUCGGAGACCCCUGCCGAUGGUUAUUCCAUCCCUAACUAUGCCAAUGAUCUUCAUGUCCUCCUGGGACAUCUGGGUGUCAAUCGACCUGGUUCAUUUGACGGAAUUGUGAAAACCAUUCAGAGCUACCUUGAUAUCCAGGACCAACUGAAACCGGCUCACGAACUCGUUUAUGCCUUGAUGACGUGCCGCGAAAUGGGACAGUCGGAUUAA